AUCAAAGAAAUGCCGAGUCAAGAACAGAAAACGAAGUCAAUUCUACGCAAGCAAACCAAAAUGUAACCAACCCCACGACGAUUAAAUGUAAGCAAAAUCUAUUCAUCUGAAACCCUUUACAGAUACAGAAGUGAAAAAUCUGUGCCCUUUUUCUCUCUUUUGAGCUGGUGAUGUUCAGGGUUCGAACCUCAUGGCAGACUUGUCUGGUGACCCAACAAAUUCAGUAACCUGGGAUUGGGAAAACAUUCUAUACUUCCCUGAUGUCUCCCCAUCCAUCUUUCCCUGGCAUGCCGAGGAGCAGCCAUCUGCCAAUUUCAGCGAAGAGUUGUUGGCCCCCCUGGAAACCCUACAAAUCCUAGAAGUGCAAAAUUCACUCGAGGAGAAUCGAUCGCAGGAUGUUACCGAGGAGGAGACGGCCAGCAGGAUCCGGAAGAGGGAUCCGCGGCUCACCUGCGAGAAUUUUUUGGCCGGGAGAGUGCCGUGCGCGUGUCCGGAAAUGGAGGAAAUUGAAGAGGAGGAAGAACACGACGGGAGCCGCAAGCGCGCAAAGGUCGGCAUUGUACGUUGCCAGGUGCCGAGCUGCGAGUCUGACAUCAGCCAUUUGAAGGGAUACCACCGGCGGCACCGCGUGUGUUUGAGCUGCGUUAAUGCAGCCACCGUUGUGCUCGACGAUGUGCCUCAGCGGUACUGCCAGCAGUGUGGCAAAUUUCAUUUACUCCCAGAUUUUGAUGAGGGAAAAAGAAGCUGUAGAAGGAAAUUAGAGAGACACAACACUAGGAGGAGGCGAAAACCUGCUGGUGACAAAGCUUCAGUGCAAGGACGGACUUCAAGGACAAAAUCACCCCUACAGAAUGCAGAUGCAGAGCCUUAUAUCUAUGCCACAAGUGCUCAAGAAUCAAAAUCAUUAUCAUCUCUUGGCACUGGUGAAAAGCAAGCUAGCAGUGUGAGUGAAGAGUUUCAGAUUUCUGAAGUAGAGCAACCAUAUAAAGAUCGUUCCUGUGUGGAUAUUGUCGAACUGAGGUCUGCAGAUGAUAAUAAAGUUUCCAACAGUGCCAGGCCCGUAAUUGUUCCCAUAGAACUUGAAGGGACACUUGUUCCAGACAGUGAUAGGGGAUGUGGAGAGUACUUAAAUGAUGGGGAAAGAAAGUUCAUUGAAAAUAAUCAAGCAUCUCCUUUGAAGAUGUUGGUGGGAUCUCAAGAUCGCGAUGACUCAACCUACACAGAAUUCAAUGAACACUCUUAUACUGGAUUGUUGACAGAUGAGAAUUCUCAUAAAGAUAAGCUUCUACAUAGCUCAAGUGGUUGGAACCAAAGGGACAAAGGAACUGGUCCCUCAAGAUCUUCUCUUUCUUCAACUGGGCAGGAAAAAAACUUGCCAUACACAUCUGUGUGCCCUACAGGUCGUAUCUCCUUCAAGCUUUAUGAUUGGAACCCCGCAGAGUUUCCACGACGGCUUCGCCAACAAAUUUUGCAGUGGUUGGCUAACAUGCCCAUUGAGUUGGAGGGUUAUAUUCGACCGGGAUGUACCAUUUUGACUUGUUUUAUUGCAUUGCCACAGUGUAUGUGGGAAAAGUUGUCUGCAGAUGCAACAAGCUAUAUAUGUAGUCUUCUAAGUGGCUCUGAAAGCAUCUUAUCAGGCAGGGGCAACAUGCUUGUUUAUUUGAACAACAUAGUUAUGCAAAUUGAAAAUGGUGAAGCUUCGGUGGUGAAUACCAAGAUCAAUCAGCGUGUUCCACAGCUGUAUUCAGUCCAUCCUGUUUUCAUUGAAGCUGGGCAACCUAUUGAAAUUGUUGCCUGUGGAAAAAAUCUCUUCCAAUCAAAAUUUCGGUUUCUUAUCUCUUUCGGUGGAAGCUAUCUACACCACCACUCAUGUGAAGCUAUUCCUCUGCAGAAAGAAAAUUCGAAUUUUAGAAGAAAAGAAAAUACCUUUUAUGCAUCAAAUCAUGAAUCCUGCAAGAUAUUUAUUCCAUCUACAGAUUCCAGGUUAUUUGGGCCUGCAUUCAUAGAGGUUGAGAAUGAAGCUGGGAUAUCCAAUUUCAUUCCUAUUCUCAUAGGAGAUAAACAAAUUUGUUCCGAGUUUCAGUUUCUUGAGCAGGAACUUAUGAAAUGCAGGAUUUGCUAUGGAAAUGGUAGUGAAGAUGUAGCAAUUACAUCUCCAAGUUUUGACAUGCACAAGAGCAAUUUAGUGAAGCGGCAAAGUAUCUUGGACCUGCUUCUCGACAUAGCUUGGGUUAUUAAGGAUCCUGAACCUGAAGAGAUUGAAAUUCAAGUGAAUCAUGCACACUUACAGAGGCUGAAUCACUUGUUUAGUUUUUUAAUAGAUGGGCAAUUUCUUUCUGUCAUGGACAGACUGUUACAUUCACCUAAAGUUACUAAAAUUAUAAAACAAGUGUAUAGACCGUCAAAUCACUUCAAUGUUGCUGAUGUUGAGUUGCUUUAUAAUCAUGUUGAGCAUGCAUGGAAAUCCGUUAGGAAGAAGAUGGACUAUAAAGAUAUCAACAAUUUCCAGCAGUUUGUGGAGAAGGUGCUGCUGCAAGGACAACCUGGAAAUCAGCAGCCAUAUAAAUGCUCUGAUGAAAGUCAGGUAAUCGAAGAGAUUCAAACCGGAAUAAAAUCCUCUUCUGGGAUAGAGUCAGGGGAUACACGUGUCUUGUCAGUUGAGGAAAAUAAUGUGUUUAUGCCCUUGCUUGAGAAGGAAUUUUGUAGUGAUAUCUCAAUUGGGCUGAAGCAUAAAACAAAUUUGGGUGUUCAAAAGAUGAUUGAUGUUGUUGGAUGUGCUAAAAUGUUGAGGAUUGACCUAAACCGUGAUAUAAGGGUAGAUCGCCGUAUCUUUAUUUUAACAAUUACAUUCAUUGCUGUCUGUGCUGGAAUCUGUGUGGCACUUCAGCACCCACAUCAAGUUAUGAAGAUCUCCAUGUCACUAAGAAGGUGUUUGCAUGGCCUACACAAAGGUCAAGAAGUUGCUUCUGAUCCCUAAAUAAUCAGAGAAUUCGGUAAGAUCAACAUCUUGAGUUUGUAUAAUUCUAACUAUAGGGACUCCUGGUUAAACUUAAAGGGUUCUGAAGAUUUCUUAGUGUAUUCUAUGUAACCUUGUCCAGUGUAAAAUAUUUACUGAAUGGUAUUACGUUUUAUUGUCAGGGCUGAUUACCAUUAAUUCUAUUAUUCUUUCUUUCUAAAUUCCACUGAAAGCUCAUGAAACUUCCUGUCAGAA